GAAAAAAAGUGGGUUCAUGAACUAAAUUUGGGAAGGGAAAAGUAUGGUGAAUAUCAUCAUCUCAUCAAGGAGCUGGAGAAUGACGAAGAAAUAUUUCGUCAGUAUUUUCGGCUAUCUCCAUCUCAGUUUAGUGAAACGCUGAAACUAAUUGAAAAUGACAUAAGAAAACAAGACACAACUUACAGGAAAUCUAUCACAGCGAGGGAACGAUUGGCCAUCACCUUGAGGUACUUGUCGACUGGGGACACCUUCCAAACAAUUGGAUUCAGUUACAGGAUAGGAGCCACAACAGUUUCAGAAAUUGUGAAUGAAGUGUGUGAUGCUAUAUGGAAAAACAUGCAGCCUAUCUUCGUGCCAGAACCAAACAUGAACACUUGGAUCAACAUUGAGAAGGAUUUCAACUCCAAAUGGAAUUUUCCCAAUUGUAUAGGUGCCAUAAAUGGUAAGCAUGUGAACAUUAGGGCACCACCAAACUCGGGAUCACAGUUUUUCAACUAUAAAAAAAUUUUCUCUGUUGUUAUUUUGGCCUUAGUGGAUGCAAAUUACAAAUUUACCAUCAUAGACACAGGCUCCUAUGGUAAAAAUAGUGAUGGUGCAAUAUUCAAUCAUAGUUUAAUGGGUAAAAGGUUGAUGAAUAAUUCCUUAGGUGUCCCUGCAGACCAGGCUGUAAUGAAUACCACAUCGCCUCAUGUCAUUGUUGGCGAUGAAGCAUUCCCAUUAAAAAGAAACCUGAUGAGACCAUUUCCAAGAGAGAACUUGAAUUUUUCAAAGAGAAUCUUCAAUUACAGGCUUAGUAGAUGUAGAAGGGUUGCUGAAAAUGCAUUUAGUAUAUACACUCAACAGUGGAGGGUAUUCCAAAAACCAUUCCAGUGCAAAGUAGAACUGACUGAUAAAAUCAUUAAAGCAACAGCAGUGCUACACAACUUUCUAAGAUCAAGUAUUAAUGAACACACUAGUACCUCUGAAAUUACACCAGAAUCUGCAUCAGAUAAUGAUAGUAGCAAUGCUUUCUCUAGAAUGAGAAAGGUAGGUAAUAACUCCACCCGUGAGGCAUUUGAAGUACGAAACAAAUUCAUGGAAUAUUUUUUAUCAGAGGAAGGUAGUGUUCCCUGGCAGGCAGAUAUGGUGGUCAAUCGUCGAUAGAGAGAGAGAGAGAGAGAGAGAGAGAGAGAGAGAAUAUCAUUUAAUGGAAGUUACAUACUACUUUUAUGAUCUAAAGUCACAACAUUAAAUGUAGCCUCAUUUCAUAGACAAAUGAUAUUCCAACAUUAUAUCAUACAUAUUGUAUUGUAUCAAUUAGGAAAUAAAAUCUACUCACUAUCCA